ACCUGAAGAUGGCGCUGUUGAAACAGAAGUGAUGGAGAAGCAAGAGUUCAACCAGCGGUUUUGACUGAUGGAUCCACAUGUUUUACUAAUCUAAUUCAUGAAACCAUUUCACAAAUGAGUGGCUUCAAGAUACAUUGUCACAUAGAUUACAAUUCAAAACAUAACGUUAGAGUCUUAAAACAUGAAUUGAAAAACAGGUUCGUGUUAAAAAAUAACAAUAACUUGCUACCUUUGCUGUGACUUAUUCCGUACCACAGGAGCAGAUCUGAGCAUGCGCACUGCAUCGGUUCUAUGGGGACGGGGAGGACAUCACGGAAAAAACGUAGCAGCAGCACCACUAACCCCACGCCGAGAUUUCGCCUCUCCGCUGCGCUAAAAGUGCGCAACGAAAGCAGCCCACGACUAUGCCCGGUACGGCGGUAAAGUGCGGGAGGACCACUUGACAGGCCUGGGCGAGGUCUGAGCCGUUACCGGGAGGGGAAAUACAUUUCUUCGUAUGGGAGCAGCAUGCGGGAAAUGGUUGGAGGUUGCUGCGUGUGUUCAGACGAGCGAGGCUGGGCUGAGAACCCCCUGGUUUACUGUGAUGGACACGGCUGCAGCGUCGCCGUUCACCAAGCAUGUUAUGGCAUUGUCCAGGUUCCCACCGGUCCGUGGUUCUGUCGGAAGUGUGAAUCACAGGAGAGAGCGGCACGCGUGAGGUGUGAGCUGUGUCCCCACAAAGAUGGAGCCCUCAAGAGGACGGACAGCGGAGGCUGGGCCCACGUUGUAUGUGCGCUGUACAUCCCUGAGGUGCAGUUUGCCAACGUCCUAACCAUGGAGCCCAUCAUCCUGCAAUACGUCCCUCAUGACAGAUACAUCAAGACCUGCUACAUCUGUGAGGACCACGGCAGGGAGAGCAAGGCGGCGUGCGGAGCCUGCAUGACGUGCAACAGGCAGGGCUGCAGACAGGCCUUCCACGUCACCUGUGCUCAGAUGGCAGGUCUGCUGUGUGAGGAGGAAGGCCCAGAAGCUGACAACGUGAAAUAUUGUGGCUACUGCAAGCACCACUACAACAAAAUGCAGAAGAAGUUGCGCUCCAGUGAAAACACAAGCAGCUCCUUCAGUCAUUCCAGGGGGCGCUCGAGCUCUCCUCCCCAGGACAAACACCAUCACCACCGACAGAGGAAGAGUCAUAAGGACAAGAUGCAUCAGAAAGAGCGCCACAAGAAGUCCUCUGACAGCCUGGGCUCCUCCGUGACCAGCAGCUCUAUAGAAAAGAUAUCCUCCAGUCACCACAGCACCAAGGACAGUGAGGGAAAGUGUAAGAAGCUGAGCUCACACAGUCACGUUCACCGCAGCAAGAAGACGGGAAGCAUCGGCAAGAGCUGCUCCUCCUCCUCCUGCUCCUCCAGCCCCUUCAACACAGGUGGCUCCCUGUCUUCCGCUCAGGACUUCCAUCCGUUCUCAUCAUCCUCCCGCCUGGAGCGGGACCAUGACCACGGGGGGGACGAGCACAGUGGGGAGGAGCGUAAGGAGCGCCAUCGGAGGCCAGCGGUGCAGGAGGAGGAGGAGGACGAUGAAAAAGAGGAGGGCAAAGAGGAGGAGGUAGAGGAGGAGGAGGACAGUAAAUACCACAAGCCACCAGCUCUCACUCCAGCUGACGGCCCAAUGGCAGGGUCACAGGGUCACGACCGGUCGGAGAACAACUCCAGCCCCUUCGAGAACAAGGUCACCAUCUCCACCUUCGGCUCCAUCAUGCGCAUCACCUCUUCCUCUGGGCUGGGCAGCAGUAGCAAGAUCCGGAAGAUCUCCUCGUCCGGGGACUACAAGCCCUCCAAGUCUCUGAGUAAGCUGAGCACGCCGCCCAUCCUGGAGGAGGCAGUGCCAGAGGACAAAGCCCCGCCCCCGCAGCUGCCCAGAGAGCGCAGGCACCGCGGCAACAAGAAGAGCAGCCACGGGCCGGGGCGGCCGCGGGGCAGUAAGAACCGGGAGAGGAGGGAGGAGGAGCAUCACCACCACCAUCACCACACAGCGCCUCCUCCUCCUCCUCCUCUUCCUCCUCCAGCCUUAACCUCCCCGCUCUACCAGAGCCAGUCCUCCCUCCCUCACCCCGCCUUCCCCUCCACGCUGCCUCCCACAGCCGUCUCUUCUUCUUCUUCUUCUUCUUCUUGUUUCUCCUCCUCUGCCGCCGUUUUUUCCACGAGCCGUGGCAACUCUCUGCUCAGCUCCGGCAUCUACUCCAGCCUCAAGGACCCCCUCACACUGGGCGGGGGUGUCUGCAGUACCCCUCUCUCUCUGGGUGGAGGGGUUUGUAGCCCCUCCUUGUCCCUGGGGGGGGGCAUGUGUAGCACCCCUUUCUCCUCAGGACUCCUCACAUCCCACAUCUCCUCAAUGUCCCUUCCAUCAGUCAACGCUGUGUCAAACACACAGGUCCCUCCAGGUUCCAGCACCUCCUACAGCCUGAGCUCCACCCAGCUGUUCUCCAGCUGUCUCUCCACCCCCCCCACUCUGCCACCACUACUGACCCAAGCCCAGACCUCACUGCCAGAGUCCGACCUUGAUGACUGUCGUUUCCCGUGUCAGGGGAACUCGCCCAGAGAGAGUCUUUCCUCACAGUCUCCUAUGAGCUGUCUUCCUCUCCUGUUUGAGCAGAGGGACGGGCUGGGGGCCGCAGUCAGAGCCCGCCCUGAGAACGUCCCCCUCGCCAGCUCUCACAUCGAGCUGCUGCUGGAGAAACACAGCAACGGAGAGAUGGGAGUCAACAUCGUGGAGAUGCUCCAGUCGCUGCACUCGCUGCAGCAGGAGAACCAGCGGCUGCAGGAUCAGAUCCUCAGCCUGACGGCCAAGAAGGAGCGCCUGCAGCUGCUCAACACGGAGCUGGCCGUCUCCUUCCCUCCACACAUCCACUCCGCCCACGGCUCCAUGCACUCUGCCCAGGUCCACUUCCUGUCAUCCACCCAAGACCCCCUGAGCACCAACAAGAGUCCUCUGUCCAAAAGCUGCUUCCUGAAUGACACCUCCUUUGUUACCUCGUCUGAGGAGCUCCAGUCUGGCAGUCCGUCCCGCAGCAGCUCCUCCCUCUCCUUCCAGAGCACUCCCCCCCCCCAGCAGAGCCCCGCCUCUUUCGGCCAGCCCCUGCUCAAUGGCUUCAGUCGCGGCAUGAGCGACAGCUCGGGGGCCAUCAGUCAGCCCGUGGUGGGCGGGCUCAUGUCCUCCCUGGCAGGAAGUCCUCAGCUGAACAUGAACGGCGUGCUGGGCAGUCUGAACGGCGUGAUCCAGUCUCCCGUGCAGAACGCCCCCCCGCCCACGCUCCCCGCUCUGCGCCCCCAGCCCCCCCCGCUCACCCCCCAGGCUCUGGCCCAGGGCUUCCAGCUGCCCAAGAGCGCCAGCCCGUCUUCCCUCCUGGAGCAGCAGCAGAAGCAGCUUCUCCUGGAGCAGCAGCAGCAGCAGCAGCUCCAGCACUUCCUCACCUCACAGAACUUCACUCCUGAGCAGCAGGUGAUGGUGUGCCAGAUGCUGCAGCAGCAGAGGCAGAGGGAGCUGCAGCGCCUCACCCUGACGGGGGCCCUCACCUCCACCCCAAACUCCCCCCUGAUCUCCCAGUCUCCCAGCCUGCUGUCCUCAGCCCCCCCCCUGCAGGGCGGCCCGGCAGGAAGCCUGUUCGGCCUGCAGGACAACGCACUGCACAAGUCCGGGGCUGCAGGAGAGAAGGGUGGAGACAAGAACGGGUGAUGAUUCCACAGGAGCAGCUCAAAUGAAGCAGAGGAAGGACUCUCUGAACAUCUUUCCCUCUCUGUCAUCUUUCUCUUACACCCUCUUUUAUGAAUGUAUACCAGGAUGGACUUUAACGUUUUUUGGUGUUUUGGAGUUCUUUAUAUCAGAGGUUCUUCUCAUAGGUUUUUGUGUAGGCAGCUUUCAGAGAGUACAGUGGUCUCUUGUUAAAUUGCACUAAUUACUUAGCUAGCCCAACGCGGCUGCUUCUGAAGGCAGAGCCCCCCCCUGCUCCGCCCUGCAGGGGUUGUGUUCAGGCUUUCUGGUUGAAGUGUGAACUCUUUCCUGACCAUUCACCAUUUUCCUCCACGUUUCCACUCGGUCAGCGAGUCACACUGCCUCUUCCUGCAACCUCAAUGUCUUCCUUGAUAUUUCGUCUUCCCUUUAUGUUCCCCCCCCACCCCAUCCAGAUCUCCUAUAUGUUGCAGGCACUUAUUAUGUUAACGAUAAAUAUACUGUCAUUUCCAAUGUGUGGUUAGUGGAAUUUCAACAUGAAGCUAGUUGUUACCUCAGAUCUUUCUGCCACCCAUUUUCCAAUUCCAAAUUGUGUGCUGAGUCAUUACCGCUAUAGCCUUCACUGGAUCUAAAGAAACCACCAAAAACCUUGGUAUGUAAAUGUGAACAUGGCACAGAAGCCAUGAUAUCGUCCACAAGAGCACCAGAUUUUAUUCAAAAAGAGUUUCUAAAGACUUUUAUUUCUUUCCAGUUGCUAUCGAGAUUAAGCAGAAAAAAACCAAACAUUUGGAACUUGUAAGUCAGAAAUUAAUAGUUUUUCCUGAACAACUGUGCACUUUGCAUGUUAGCAGCUAACAGAGCAAAUCCGCCAUCAUCACAGAACCUUCAUUAAGGAUACUGAUAGGCCACUAGGGACAGACAGGUUUUCCAUGUGAGUAUUUUGCACUCCUCCUCCUGCAGUGUCUGUUCUCUCUGUUACUUCCAUACAUAACCCUUAAACAUAUUCACCAACUAGAUGUUCUUUUAGCAAUACUGGAUAGAUAAUGCCUUAAUGAUGCUAGAUGUACAGAGACACCACGAGUCCAGGCUCACUCUGUUGUCGUCUUUCUUUGAUAGUGUUUUUUAUCUGGGGUACACGGUGGGGUUCAUUACUGAAGUGAAAGCACUCUUCCUAAACCCAUUUAUACUUUUGAUAGCUGACUGAUGAUUUCAAAAUGUGUGAAUAACCGUAUAGUGAGUAACUAAAGUGUCAAAUCAUUUUCUAUUGUACUUUUUUGUGUUCAGAUCUGAUGUUCUUUAGUUGUUUGUGCUUCGAAGAAGUCUGACAGGAAAGCCUGCACAGUGUGUCAUAGGAGACGGCCGAGAUGUAAACUAUUAUUAAAGUGCCGUCACAGCGGUGUGUCAUACAUAGUGUAGCCGUUAAGCUAACGUAGAGAUAAGCUUGUCUUUCCUUCCACUCCACUUUAUCCUACGAUGCCUCUGUUUGGCUCACCUUUACUAACAAAGGCUCUUCACAAAGUAAGGGACUAUUUAAUCAUGUUUCCUCCUGUGUUUUUUAACAAUAUUGUCAUAGACCUUUAUUAAAUAUUUUCUGUUGCAAUCUUGAACAUGAUCUCCCAUACAUGUGAUGUAACUUGAGUGCUAGAUUCUUUUGUUAGCAGCUAAUGUAGACGUCAGAGAGGAAGUCCAAGCAGCUCACUGGUCUGUGAUAAAUACUGUAGCAACGACAGAAGGAGAAUGUUGGUUCUGUGGAUGAAGACACGAGCCAACGCAUUGACACGACUCCAAAGCGGGAGCUCUGAGUUUUUACUGAGAGAAUUGACUGAGUUUGUCCUUACGAGUCCAGACACACACGAGCAUGUCCAGGAGACGGACUGCAGAGCGGUGCUGGGUUUCUGAAGCCGUUUCUUUCUCAUGUUGCACUGGGGCGCUUUGGGCCCAAUUGUAAAUCGUUUUUUAGUACCUUUUUCAAUUUUGUUGGAAUACGAGUUGUAUACUUUAAUAUGUUUGUGUUAAAACACAUUCAUUCUUUUAAGCUUUGAAGUUUGGGUAACCAAGAUAAUCCAUGUUCUGAAUGUCGUACUGUGUAUCUUUUAUGUGUAUCAACAUUUAAGCACUUGGCUCUGAAAGAGGUUUGAUGGAGAGCGAGUUUCCUGUCGGGAUAUGAAUUGCAUGAAAUGCAGCGAGGUCUCUCAAAUGUGUUGCUAAAUACCAAGUAAUAACUAUGCAUCAUUUUAAAUGCAUUGUUCCCUUAAAAGAAAAUAAAUUAAAUGAAAUGAGCACUGACUUUUAAAAAGGACAAGCAUGUUGUCAUUGUAUAGUGUAUUUGUUUGAGAGAAUUGAUCAAAACUAAUUUGACAAUAUUCAGAUGAAAAGCCCUGUAAAGUAUUUUGAUAUUUUUGUGUGUAAAAUUAAAAGAACGGAUUAAGACAACUUUUUUUGUCAAUAAAUGUAUUUUACUGAGUUGUUUAUA